GCAGAUUUGAAGCCCCAAGAGCUGACGAUGUAACCACUCGCGACGAUCGCAGACCACAGGGCAAAUCAGCUGCGUUGGCCUGCCGCGUGUGCGACUCAACCACUGCAGAUGGCAGGCAUCUCGUUAUCACGCAGUGUCGCGGUGGGUGUGACUCGUGAUAACUUAUAAGCCCCUUGCGUCCCUUGUUUACCUCCAGAAACAAAACCAACUCUUCCAAAAAUCAUCAAUCCAUCCUCUUACCCAGCAAAAUGACCCGGUCCAUCCUCCCCGUCCUGCUCGCUGCCUCUGCUUCCCUCGUGGUCGCAACCCCCCCAGGCAUCCCCUCCACCUCCGUCGCAGAGACCCAGCUCGAAGCCCUAACCGUCGCCGAAGCGGGCGCAGGGUCCGACUACGACCGCGACCUGUUCCCCCACUGGAGCAGCCAGGGAGACGGAUGCGACACCCGCGACAAGGUCCUUGUCCGCGACGGCACUGGCGUCGAAACGGGCUCCAGCUGCAGUAUCGAAAGUGGCUCUUGGUUCUCUGAGUACGACGGCGAGACCUGGACUCAGGCCAGCGACGUGGAUAUUGACCAUAUGGUGCCUUUGAAGAAUGCUUGGGAGUCCGGUGCCUCGGAAUGGACCACCGAGGAGCGCGAGGCAUUCGCCAACGACCUGGAAAUUCCCCAGCUCUUGGCCGUCACGGACAAUGUGAACCAGGAAAAGAGCGACUCCGGGCCUGAGGAGUGGCUGCCUCCUUUGGAAUCGUACCACUGCACGUACGGCAAAAUGUGGACGACUGUCAAGUACACGUAUGGUCUGACCGUGACCUCGGCGGAGAAGAGUGCUCUGGCGGACUUGCUGGCGACCUGCUAGUUUGGUAGAUAGGGUCAUAGACUGGAUGGAUAUAAGCGGAUGAAUGGUUUCAUGGUCCAAAGGACUAGUCUGUUCCUAAUGCUAUAUAAAACUGAAACGACAUGAUUGAGUUCUAUUCUGAGAAGUGCAAGUGCCGCAACGGCAGACACAAUUAACUAGGGCCGGCGGCCUGAUCUCAGCCAAAAGG